AUGAAGGACGUCAAGUUGCUGCUGGAGAAGCUGCGAAUAAGCCGAGAAAGGGAGUUAGAGAGGGAGGUGAAGAUUUUUCUUGAGUUGAAGAAGCUGAGCGAUGGCACCCCCAAGGGGGAUGAACAGAACGCAGUGGCGACUGAAAAGGGCGCAAACGGGGUGAGCAUGGCAAGUGACGCGAACAGCCCGGACAGCUACAUCAACUACGUGAGGAAAAAGAUUAACAGCGUAAGAAGGAAGACCGUGUUUGAACACAGCUACUACAGAAACGCUCUCAAUUGCUAUGACCACAGUGAGCAUUACAAGGAGGUGAUAAAGUACACUCCAAGUGACAUCCAAGAGACACACAAAUCUGACAUGAAGAAAGCAAUCAUACACAGGGAAGAUAACCACCAGACCUUUUACUACUCCUACUUGGUUAGGAAAUACUGCGAACGUAAUUUUCUUAAUUGUGUUCACAACUAUUUUAUCCGAUCUCUGACUUACUCUUUUUUGGAGAAAAAUUUUUUUUUUAAUUUUUUAUCUGCCAAUUUGUGUGUACUAGAUAGAUGCAUAAAGCAAGUGGAGGUCCUCUCGGUAGAGACUGAAAAUGAGAAUCUAGCCCAUUUGCUGAAUCGAUGCAGAGAUGUCAUUUUAGGUGUGUACAAAGAGUUAGCCACUUUGCAUGGGAUGGAGAAACAAAUUACGGAGGUGCAGAUGGUGGUAGAUGAUAAAGAAACUCACGAUGUGCGUAGCAGCUUAGUGAAGUACUUCCCCUUUUUGGAUAACCGCUUUGGGAAGAGCAGCGAGGGGGGAAGUAGACACGACAUCCACAUGAAGGAGCUAUACGGGGUAUAUGCUUUUAUUUAUGUCUUUUCGAAUGUCUUCUACGUCAGCUCGCUGGCGUAUGCCAAGGCAGACUUCAUGGAGUUGAACGAAACUAUGUUAUACUUCCUAUCGAGGGAGAGGAUGGCACAGAAGGGGGGCAGCAACCACAUGUGGAGCGACAUUCUCCAGGAUCUGAACACACUGAAGAACGCGACCGCGCUGCAGAGCGAGUUCUUCGCUGCUAGCGCUGUGAAGCAAAUUGGCGGCCACUCCCAAGUUAACCCCAACGUUAACCAUGUAACAAGGGACAACCCCCCCCUGCGUCCCUGCAUCCACCAGUUCUUCUACAUCGGCAUCGAUUUCGACAAAACGAUAAUAAAAAAGGACUCCUAUUCAGCUUUUUUUAAAAUUUUAGAGAAGCAUUAUUUUAAGCAGAGUGUCAGAAAAGGUAAAGAUAAUCUAACAAAAGAAGACGUAUCAUUUUUCGACAAUUUUUCGUUUGAAAAAAUGAAAAAUAAACCUGAACCUACAACACAGGAGAAGGUUGAGUACAUACACAAAAUGGGUCAUUGGUUUGUACUCAAGGAGAUGGAGAUAUUGGAGAUGUUAAAAAAGGAUCAAGCAAACAAAGCAGAAGUAUAUUCCAAAUCGUACUAUUAUUAUUUGAACCAAGUGGAUAAAGUACAUGUAACUUAUUCUAUGUUACUCUCCUACUACGAUGUGUUCAAGGAUGUAGAUGUGGAUGUGCUGAACAAGCUUAUUAGUGAACACUACGAACGGUUCGAAUUAAAUGACUAUUUUUUGGAAGUGUUUCUGCAUCUGCUGAAUCAUAAAAUGGAGAAUAGGGACUCCUUCUACUUCGACAUUAUCACACUGAACUUGAAGAAGCAGAUUUGCCUCUACACCAUAAGGAAUAACCUAUUGAAGGUCAGGGAUGGGGAGGGAACCACGUUGCCUCUGCCGCCGCCACCACCGCGGAGCAAACAGGGGACGCGCUCGCAGGAGGAGGAGGGAAUGCCAUCACAGAAGGAGGUGGGAAUGCCCCCUCAUAACGAAGUGGGGACGCGCUCUCAGGAGGACUACUACCGGACGUUUAAAAACUAUUUCCAUGUCUACUACUCCAAGACACACACGUACGACAAGAACCAGCGCAAAUACACGGGGGCGUUCGAAUACAGCCGAUUGAAAAUCAAGCAUGAUGAUUACCAGCUCAGGAGGGAUGGUAGUACUAACGGUGGAAGGGAAACGUCCCAGGGGGUGAUCGAAAACGUCUCACUCUGCUCCUUUUACGACAAAACGUUAAUCAAAACGAGGGUGUGUUCUCUGCUUAGCGACAUUAACCACAAGCUAUCUGCCUUCAUUGGGGACAGCCUCAUAGACCUUGACGCCAUGCUGCACUCGGACAUCGCCAUCCUGGUUGGGCACAACGAGCUGCUAAUCAGUUUUUGCGAGAAGCAUAACAUCGUCAUUAAGCCUCUCGUGUGUGCUGCGGCCAAGAUUGAGUUGCUGGCUCGCAGGAGGGGAGGGCUGACUAGCAGUAGCAGUGGCGCAACUGGCAGCAGCAAUGGCCCGACUAGCAGCAGGAAUGACGGCACAGCCGAAGUGGCCCCCCCCACCGACCAGCGCGAGGAGGAGCUAAACGACCUGUACGAUGAGAAGGAAAAAGUGAUUUACUCCACGGAGAGCUGGCUAGAAAUUGGCAUCUUCUUCUUCGGCGACCUCUAG